GACAGACGCCAUAUGUUGUCAAGCGAAUUUUUCAACAACACAACCGUAAAAUUUAUAAACACAGCUUUUAAUACUAAUCUAAGACAAUACCAUAUGAGUAUACCGCUGCUAGUUAGCUAUUUAGCAAUGUAGCGACAACUCAACCAUCAGUGCACCGAAUUUUUGGAUGUUUAUUUGUGAAAUUGUGCUAGAAUCAUGACCUCCUUUUAAUUCGCACAUCCCCUAACGUUCUCUUCGCUUGUACCACUCUAAGUCAACAUUGAACCGGCGAUCUUAGAUAGUAAAGUUGUGCAUCUUUGCUUCACAACCAAAAUGCAAGCUGACGAUCCUCCGUACUUACCAGUUGGUACAGCAGUGAGUGCCAAGUACAAGGGAGCCUUUUGCGAAGCCAAAGUCAGCAAAGUGGACCGCAUUGUGAAAUGCAAGGUGACGUUCAAAAGCGGGCUGGGAGCUGCCACAGUGUCGGAUAAUGAAAUAAAGGGCACCCUGAGAGUGGGGCAACAGGUUCUGGUGAAGCACAACGAUCAUAAGGAACUGGUGGAGGCCACUAUCACUAAAAUACAAGAUUGCAGCCAAUAUACAGUUGUUUUUGAUGACGGCGACAUCACCACCUUAAGACGGACUGCACUUUGCCUGAAGAGCGGCAGACAUUUUAAUGAGAGCGAAACGUUGGACCAGCUCCCGCUAACCCAUCCAGAGCACUUCGGUAUCCCUGUAAUGGGCGGCCGCAGAGGCAGGAGAAAUCGGCUGCUUAAAGACGAGAGCAGUGAUGACGAAAUUGAGGAGGAAAACGAGCCAGAUUUGGAGGGAUACACGCAAGAUAUUGGCCGAGUUGUCAGUGUGGAAACUGGCGAAACGAAGCGCGGCAAGGAAAAGUGGUUCCCCGGUUUGAUUGUCAUCCCCUCUGCCCAACCAACUGUGAAAAUCAACGUCAAAGAUGAGUUUCUCAUCAGAUCUUUCCGGGAUGAUCGAUACUACACAGUUCCGAAAAAAGAGGUCAGCGAGUUUAACAAGGAGCUAAGUGAGCGCAUCGAGAGCUCAGGUCUUGCCGAAGCUAUCCAGAAGGCGAACAAAUUCCUGAACGGCAACGAUUUGCCGCUACAUUGGGAGAAAAGCUCGCUCUUCAACCUGUCAGUGGACAGCGACAGCGACGACAACGCAAGCGACACUUCCGACGAGGAACAAAGCGAAGAAAAGGACCGAUUUGUGGCUCAGCUGUACAAGUACAUGGACGAUUCCGGAACCCCUUUGAACAAGACACCGACGAUAUCCAGCAAGGACAUUGAUCUGCAUCGUCUGUUCCGAGUGGUGCAUAAAAUGGGCGGCUGCAAUCGUGUGACCAAUCAAAACAAGUGGAAAUCGGUGGCGACCAGAAUGAAGCUCACAGUGAACCAGAAUGUUUCCAAUCAAGUCAAGUCAGUGUAUAAAAAAUGCCUACUGAGCUACGAGGGAUUUUUUCGCACACUGGGUGUCACAAUGUCGAACCCCACUCGCCCGACCAAGAAGGACAAAGGCAGAAGCUUGAUUAGAGACAAAGAUAGGACACCGAUAAAUCAAAUUCCAGUGAGCAGCCCUAGGCCAGAACGAGAAGACGAUAUGCCCGAGAAGCUAGUGGAACGGAAGAGCACCCCAUUACCGGAGAUCCGAACCAAAAAGAAGUCCGAAUCCAAGGAAAAGGAUGUCGUGCCGAAAAAACCGAAAUCUGAACCUCGCGAUCCUGGCAGCGACUUCUCAGACACGCCCAGCACAUCGGGGAUGCGCUCCAAACGGCAAGACGUCAAAGUGUCCAAGGAAAAGAAAAUCAAAACGCCGCAAGGCGAGAAAAUCAAGAUGCCGAUGGAGAAGUUUGAGGACUAUCCGAAGAAAGAGGAAAAGGUGCAAUUCACACGCUCUAAAUCCUCCAGCAGCUCCAGCUCCGCGUCCAAGCUGAAAGAUGUGCCGAAAGAAGUCACCCUCACUAGACCUAGCAAGGAAUCGCCCGCAAAAUGUUUACCCAAAUCGCCGAAGAAAGGGAUCAAAGAAGAGGAGGGAGUACAAGACAAGGACAAGAAGCCAAAGAUCAAGAAGGCUUCAGAGAUCCUUAUCGAACCCCACCAAACAGCCAAUAUUGGGGACAAACUGAUCGUCUACUACGGACCUACUAACGAGUCCAAAGUCACCUACGAAGCUAAAGUGGUGGACAUGGAUAAGGACCAAACAGGGCCCAUUUACUUGGUGCAUUACACAGGCUGGAAUACCAGAUACGAUGAAUGGAUUCCAGCUUGUCGCGUAGCUGAAAACCUUAGUUCUGGCGCAAAGUCGAAAAGAAGCAAAGUUCCAGCUCCAGUCAAUGUAAAGCCGGGCUCUUCAGGCGGUCCAUCAGCAUCUUUCCCCAAGUUGCCAUCAACGAAGAGAAAUCGCCUUACUUCGGUGUCCAGCAGAGAGGAGAAGCCUCCCCGAUCCACCACUCCAUCGAGCGGAGCUUCUUCGAGCAGCACGUCGAAAAGCCCCGCCACGUGCACAGUGCGCUCGAGUCGUCUGGCGGCAAAACAAGAGGCAAAGAAGCGGCGAAUUUCUGGUCAAACGGACGCCUUUCUCCCGUCGGAAUCGGACAGCGACAGUUGCGAAAGCGAAGCAGAACUGCCCAGAACGCGAAGCGGCAGCCUCAAAACCGAAGACGCAGACCUCAGAGUGUACCGGAAGAGACAAUCGCGUUCCACACCAACGUCACGGCAGCAGAAGCGCAAGGAGGACGGCAACAAGGACGAACCGUCCAGAAAGAAAGCCAAGAAGUACUCAGCAGGUGAAAGCGACGAGGAGGAGGAGAGUCUGCGCCAUCCGAGAGGACGGGACUUUGAUUUGAACGAAAUUCGCAAUGAGCUCAAGGGAAUUUCGCAGGCAAUUAAGCCUCCGUCUGCGGCUGGCGCUGACAAGGACGCUGUCCCGUCUGAGGAGGGUUUCGACAAGGUCCAAUCGAUUAAAGAGGAGCUGAUCGACGUUAAGGUUGAGGAAGAUCCAACGCCGAAACUGUCGCCCAAGGCUGCCACUUUAGAGCCUUCGUGCAGCUCUGAAGACAUUUACGAGUUCAAGGAACCGGAACCGUUUGAAUUCGAAGCCAGAGCGAAGCUGGGCGAUGAUAAAACGUCGAAAAAGCGACUGCCUCGGUUAUUCGAGCCAUUGGAGGACAAAUCCCCUAGAAAAAGAACUGGGGCACUUUCCCCACUCUCUCCUGUUGCAGGCAAAAGCGACAAACUGGAUCAUCCAGAGCCCAGGACGUACUCGCGUGCUCCGAAGAAAAUGAUGCUUUCCGAUGAUGAGGACGAAGACGAAGACAUAAUGGAUGAGGAGGGUAUAGCUAUGAGCGACAUCAAUGAAGACCCGUUCGAUAAGCUGAUUGAGUCGCCGAGUUUCAACUUGAGCAAGACCGGAUUGGAGCCGGUUGUUGAAAAGCCCGUGGCUCUGUUCGCUGAGACCUCAGCUGAGCUGUUCAAAGAGCCGGGAGAAACGUCGGAUGAGUACAGCCGCGACAUGGAGCUGUCGGACUGCGAGUCUCAAACCCAGAUCUACAGCCGCGGUGUCUACAACUUGUUCACCGGGACAUUUUCCAAGUCGCCCAAUGAGAGAAACACUCCUGACUUUGCCAGCAGCAAAACCGAUGAAGGAAAAACGACGAACAGUGACGACGACGAGAUUCAAGCUCAAAUUCAAAGGGCGAUUGAUCAGAGCUCGUCAACAGACGAUGAUAGCAGCAGCGUUCUCAUAGAUAUUCCCUUAGCAGCCAGCAGUUCGCCGAAAACUCUUGAAGAUCCAUCCACUAGCAGCAGCAGCAUUGUUCCGGCUUUAAGUCUGUCGGCCGCCGUUUCGGUGAUUGCGCCCUCAUUAUCAAUCCGAGUGCAUGAGAUGGACGACGUUAUUCCGGAACCGCCCAAUCAGGAGCCUAUCGAAGCGCCUGCGCCACCGCCACCAUCUGCACCUUCUCCCGGGCCAGUGGCAGAUUCAAAGCCUCAUUCCCCUAAGAAGCCCAUCGAUCCAGCGCUUCAAGAAACCGACAGCUCUUUGUUAGAGUCCAUCGUUUCGAAGCCCCCGUUGAUUCUCAAUCCAAUGCUAGACGACACUGGCAAGGAGCUGACGGUGAAAACUGGCACCCGAAUCGCCGACUCAAUUCUGCAGAAAUUCAACUUCAUCAAGAACAACAUAGAGACGAAGGGGUCAAAAGUAGAAUCGGCGGUGCCCCUUCAGAUCAGCGCCAUUGAGAAGCUGGAGACUCGUACAACUUUGUCCAAUCCUGGCGCGUGGAAACAGGAUGCUGACGAAGCCGGACCGUCCACCUCCGAAGUGAAAGAGAGCGAGGACGAGCCGGAGGAGGACCCCAGGGUUAAGCCCGACGCGCUGCCGCGUCGCCAUAGAGGGGCGCUCAGCAAGGCCAUUGUCGAAGAUUCGGACAGCGAUAGCAGCGACUCGGAGAACCUGGUGAUCCGGUCCGAAGAUGAAGACGACGACGACGACGACGACGACUCGCAAACCAAUUCUUCCGACAACAAGCCGCUGAUCGAGUGCAAGAACACGGACAGCAACAUGUCUUCUUUGCAGAAAACCCUCACCACGACCGAUGAGUCCCAAUCCCAAUCCCAACCCCCAGAGGAGGAGAAGCGGAACUUCAGUUUCGAUUCGCCACGAGAAGUGCCUGAAGAGGAGGAGGAAGUUGCGGUGGGGGAAGAGGACGAGGCGCACCCAGUCCCCGAAAAGAAACCGGAGCCUCCUUUGGAGGUGAAGGAGGACGAUCAAAACUUGCUCUGUCUGGAGGUGCUGCCUAGGAGUCCCGCUUCGGUUCCAGAUUUUCCUGGACCCAGUGAAGCCCCCAGUACGUCAUCGGUACACGAGAUGCCAUUUGCUAGCGCUCCAGGCUCAAGCAACAGCAAGAUAUUGCUGGAAACAAAAAAGCACCAACCGCCACCUUUGCUGUUCGCGGCAGAGCGCGGAAACAGAGCGGACGCGCCUGCCACGCUUGAGAAUUCGGCCCCCACAACCCCAGAGAGCACCAUCAGCAAUCUGUCGCCUAGAGGGGAAAAUGGUACCGCUUCGCCUAAUUCGAACGACAGUAAGUCGAAUGAGGGCGAACCAGGCUAUGGAGAGCAGCGAAGAAGCGCCGGCUUGAAAGUUUCCCACUAUUGCGAAGAAGAUGCGCAACCAGGCAGCGACGUAUCAACGUCCAGGAAAGCGACUGAUUCGUUCGGACCGCCGAUGGUACACCGAAAACGACGUCGGUCGUUGCGCAAUUCUGAAGACGGAUGUUCCGGUGUCGCGGUGCUAACAGGCAAACGAGGCCGAAAGCCGCGGCAGCGUCGCGACAGCGACAGCGACGACGCUUCGGAAAGUUCCAUGGCCGGAAGCGGCACGGGCGGUACUACGCCCGGAAGUACCACGUCCAUGUACGAUCGAUCGGCACGGUCGCCACGACCUUCCAAAUACAACUUCUUUGUCGAAUUUGACCCCAGCCUGGACAGCAGCCAGAGAAUCGCAGUGCUGCAGCAGAAGCUCUCUGAGCUGCGCAAAACUUAUGCAGACGUCAAGGCGGAACUGGCCACCGUAGAGCGAAGAAGGAAGAAGCUCCGGAGACGAGAAAGGGAAGCUUUGAAGACUGCCAAACAGGAGCUGGCCUGCACGUGACAAAAGGGCGGAAAAGUAGCGAUCGACGUGGCUCUAGAAUGAAAGAGAGUCUGGAGAACAGGGAUGGGAACCGUUUUUUCCUUCAGCUGUAUUUACAAUUUACAUUACCAUGUAAAGGCCUGGUGUUAUGUACAUAGAUUAAUGUGAAAUUAUUAA